GGCGGGCGCGGCGGCGGUUGGCGCGCGCGGGGCGGGUGGCCCGGGCGGGAUGGGGCUGCUGGAGCAGUGCGAGGCCGCCUUCGGCUCCCCCGACCUCUACCGCGUCCUGGGCGUCCGCCGGCAGGCCUCGCCCGAUGAGAUCCGCCGCGGCUACCACCGCGCCUCGCUCCGCGUACACCCCGACCGCGCCCAGCCCGAGGACAAGGAGGAGGCGACGCGGCGGUUCCAGAUCCUGGGCAAGGCGUACGCCGUCCUGAGCGACGCGGAGCAGCGCGCCGUGUACGAUGAGCAGGGCACGGUGGACGAGGAGGGCGAGGCGCUGAGGGGCGAGCGGGACUGGCAGGAGUACUGGCGGCUGCUCUUCAAGAAGAUCACGGUCAAGGAUAUUGAAGACUUUGAAAAGAGCUACAAAGAUUCAGAAGAAGAGCUAGCUGAUAUUAAAGCAGCGUACAUGGAUUUUGAGGGUGACAUGGACAGAAUAAUGGAGUCUGUGUUGUGUGUGGACUAUACAGAUGAAUCAAGAAUACGGAAAAUAAUAGAAAAAGCCAUUGACUCUGGAGAAGUCCCAUCCUACAAAGGUUUUGUAAAAGAGUCUAAGCAGAAAAUGAUGGCAAGAAAAAGGCGGGCAGAAAAAGAAGCUAGAGAGGCGGAAAAGACUAAAGAUGAACUGGGCCUCGGUGGAGAAGAUGACUUGAAAGCACUGAUUCAGAGCAGAAAUAAAGAUCGAGAAAAGGAAAUGGAUAACUUUUUGGCCCAACUGGAAGCAAAAUACGGGAAUAAUGCAAAAAAAGGAGGAAAGAAGACUGCAGCCAAGAAAGGAAAGAAAUAAAGAACUGUGUAGGGUGAAAUAUCGGGUAUGAUUUUGUACUGAAAAAGUGGAUUUAGGAGAAUUUCAGUUUUUCUGGACUACUGGAAUGUGUGUGCAUCAACUUGCUGUGACGGGGAGGUACAAUACAGAGCAAGGCAGACAUAGCUUUCUGGUGCUACUGUUUAAAGUCCUGCGCGUGCUCUUCAGUUCGUAUCAACCAGACUCUUGACUAAAAGUUUGGUUACAGUAAGGAAGCUGUGUGAUGUUUGGGACGGCAGUGUGUUCAUUAAACUUGCGUGGAGGCACCUUCCUUCCGAACACCUAUGGGUUUUCAGUACAACAGUUUAAUCCCACACCUUGGAGAAUCUUCAGCACUCGUCCCUCUGGCUUCUGAGUUGGAAGCCUUAGCUGUUUGCUAUUUGCAUGGUUCUUUUGUAACAAGCCUUCUCCUGUUUUUAAAGGUCUUUGCACUUCAACUCGACGGGGGGAGGUUCAGAUACUCCACUGGUUUUUAUAAACAUACUUUGGAAAAUUGCAGAUUUAAUAAAUGAGAAGUUUUUGCAGAA